UCUCGAAACAAGGGGUGGUGACAUAAUGGCAGCAGCAGCGGCUCAGAAUACCUGGAAGCCCUAUGACAAGCUAACAGAUCCUCCCACCAACCUGAAGGAGGCCAUUGACUGGGUCGUGAGGGUAACUGGUAAGGAUGGUAAGAAGCUGGGUGAUGGAGAAUGCAUAUGUGGCCUGGCGGCGGCAGUGACUGACCUACUGCAGUCAGUACAACUGGAGUACAAUGGCUAUCAAGGUGAUGUUAAGAAUGGUACUACUGACAGCGGUGCCAACAAUGGCGCCACCGAACAGCAAGUCAUAGACCACCUCAAUGGACUUUUCUCCCUAGUCCAAGGACUAGGUGGUACUGCAGUGGUCCGGACUUAUAUAGACCAGCUGGCACAGGUACUCAGUGCACUCGUUGGGUGGAGUAAGAUAGAGACGUGUGAUAAGAGCAAUGGCAAGUGUGGUGGCGAUGAAAAACCACACGGCCAAGAGAGCUGCAAGUAUCUCAAGGAUGUAACGCGGGAUGAUAGGUCAUGUGACACAUGUGGGUGUAUGAAAUGGGACGUGGCCGUGGCGGAUGAUGACAAGAAUGGACAUCACCUGGGCAGGGGGUGUACAAGGUGUAGUGGUGGUGGAAGUGAUUGUACGUGUAAAGAUGGUGAAGAUCAGUGUGCUGUUGGCACAGAGUGUAAGUGCGCUAAAGCAGGCAAAUGCUGCAAGUGUUAUUGUAAGGAUGAGUGCAAGGCGAAGUGUAAGGAAGAGUGUAGAUGUGAUAAGCACAGCUACAUUAUGCGAUACAGAUCUACGUAUACAAUGGAACUGAUUGAUGCAAAAUACUGGACUGAGAUUAAACCAAUAGAAAAGCCACCUACGUGGGCGGAUCUCCUGGAUAGGGGUAAUGGUAAGACCCCCUCCAAACGCCGUCACCAAUGCGCCCGCAUCCUCCUAGGGUCAGUAUGUCUCAUCUGGAGUGGCAUUACCUAUAUGUAUUGGACUGGAAAGUACCAUUCCAGCAGCCCCCGCUGGAACAAUCACAUCCUGGACGGUAGUGGUCUAGAUGAUGGUACCCUAUCACAGUGGCUACAGGCCCUAGGGUUUCCUAAGGCAAUGUUGAACAAUAGUGGGCCACAGAAUAGACUUGAUAAGGUCAUAUGGGAUGGACUUAAUGAUAAGUUGCUUCUAGGGUUUGCAGUGCCUAGUGGCCUUAAUACUAGUGGUGUUGCCAAUGACCAUAAUGGUAAUACAGCCAGAAAUCCGUUCAAUAUGAACUAUGCCGGUUUUGUGCAUACUGCACAUAGGGAUUCAUUCAAUGAACAAGCUAUUGUGUUUAAAAAUGACGGCUCUAGUACUACUGACACUAAUCAACACAAGAUCGGUGCCAUUUUCAAGCUUUAUAUUCUAUCAUGUGCAUAUUUUACUGGAUUACAGAAAAAGAGUAGUACCCAAAGCACUGCCCCUAGGAAUCCCAAGACCAUCCGGGAUAUCCUAUACUGGCUAAGUGCAUUGCCCUAUAGCCCGGCAUACCCCAAGAUAUUGAUACAUGGUAAGGAUAGACUAAAAGAAGUGCUCAAGAAACCCGGAGAAACUGACUCUACCAAUGGAGAGACACAACUCAAGUUCUAUCAAACAGGUCUUAAACAUCCCAUUACCGUUGAUGAAUACAACCUAUUUGCCCACUUCCAAGCAGUGACCCAGUAUUGUCCACUGGUACUCAUAGGUAUCCAGGGUGGUCUCAAAGGCACUGACAAAACACUAGAACCUGCCAUUCACGCCCUCUACGCCAACACGGAAUGCAACUUCACAUAUCCAGGAGUACCCAUCCAAGCAUACAACCAGGUGGUACACUACAUUAGGGCUCUAUUCUACCAGUUGUAUUUCCUUAGGAAGCAAUGUGCCGUGAAGGUCACUUGUGGAGGCAAAUGGCGUGAGUGUAGGUAUGGUAAGGAUGUGGUGUCCAAGGGGGUCAUUAGCUGGAUGUGCCUGGGGUGUAGCCCCAUGGAACAUGAUAGGAAAUGGAGGGUGGGGAAAGUGGGUGACUUACUGAAGGGGGUGAAGGAGAGUGAUCCUAUAGUGAAGAAUCUAAAGGCACUAUUGGAGAAGAUUGGUGAAGUGGUGGUACAAUUGGGUAAUGCCCAGGAGGCAUUGGAAGGGAAGAAGAUAGAUGGGAUCAAUGCGGUGAAGAAGGCAUUAGAGGGGGUGAAGAAGGCACUAGAGAGUGCUAAGGGGGCACUAGAGACGGAGUUGGGGAAGAAGGGUGGGCUGGAUGGGAAACUAGGGGAGGCUAAGGCGAAACUAGAUGCACUGACGAAUGGUGGUAGUGGUAGUGGAGGACUACUAGGGGAGGUAGUAGGACAUGGUGGACUAGAGAAGGCAGAGAAAGAUGAGUAUGAUCCCGGUAAGAACAAAAUAAGUGCCGCUAUCAAUGGAGUGCGCAAUGUAUUGGAGGCAUUGAAGAAAGAACUAGAAAAUGAUAAUUCACAUCUAUACGGCAGCAUACCCUAUUGGAUCACGCAAAAAUGCCUUCAAUCUAUAGAUCAGAUCAAAGACAUAUGCAACUCUCCCAAGUGCCCAGGAUGCACAAAACACAGCAACAAGUGCGGCCAACCAUCCAAUCCCACUGUCUGUCCGGCAUGUCUCCAACCCACUACCACUGGUGUCCCCUCCCCCCUCCAGGCAUUCCUCGAGGAUCGGUUACCAGGUUUUAGUUGUCAAGAGGUACCUGAGACCGACAAGCCAGAGUACCCACUGGCCUCAUCCCACUUGGGACACUGCGGUGGCUCCGGCCAGUGCUGCCCCUUGCCAAUGGGUUUUAGAGGUCAGUUCCAAAAAGGUGUCACCAAUACUGGCCAACGCCUUUAUGGCAUCCUCUACUUCUUCAGUAACGAAAACAUGAUGCAGUCGUGUGUCUAUACACUGGUGAGAGUUACUGCAGCACUCAGUGCCACGACACCGCAGGUAUUGGGUGAUGUAUUCGGGUUCUUCAGGGGUGGUGUAGGAAAUCCAGUACAGAAGGAGGGGGAGGUCAGCAAGAACUGCGAUCACCAGAAUGACCCCAAAACGUCGACAGGCAAUGACAAGUACUUUUGUGGCUGGUGUGCCUCUGGGUUAAGGGAUGAGGUAAAGAAGAUAGAGUGGAUACCAAAGGGGUCGGACGCAGGAGGUCAAUACAUGGACAAAGUCGGUAAAGCACUAAGAGAUAUUAAGGGCAGUGACAGCACUGCUACUACCACUGCAUAUUCCAGCACUGCUACUGCCAAUACCUCCCUCUCACGACUCACUAAGAACUGCCAGUACCUCUCCCCCCUAACAGGUGAGCUUUAUACCGCAGUGAGUGCCACAUUCGGUGGAACAUACCUCUCAUGGGUACUAUAUCUAUCAGAUGCACUUCAUUCAGGACUAGAGUCACUAUAUGAGGCAUUCCAACAGAUUGAAUGCCGGGGCUGUAAGGGACAGUGUGACCCCAACAAGUGCAAGAAGGGAGAACACGGACAGGGAAGUGGACAGUGUGGAUGCCAAUCAAUCGUAUCGUGUACCGGGGUACUACCGGUGUUGUACAGACAUGGCUUUAGCUACGGUAACCCAUUCAAUCUGGAGGGGUACCAGCAGGAGAAGAAGGAUGAAGGAGAUUAUAGUAUAGAUGACAAGGGUGGGAAGAAGCAUUGUCAUGGAGUUACGUAGUUGGUUCACCGCAUCGACAAAAUAA